AUGAAGAGAUCACUAAGAUCAAUAAAAACUUUAGGUGUAAAUUAUUUUAUGAAAUAUGAAAGAAUAUACCACAGCAGUAAUAAUAAUACAUAUGAUGAAAAAGAGAAAACUUUUUUUGAUGAGCAAGAUAAAGAAUGGUGGAAUGAGAAUUAUGAUAAUGAAAAUAAUACAGAAGAAAAUAAGACAUGUAUAAAAAGAAGAUGGAAUAAUAUAUUUGAUGAGAUAAUUGGUAGAAAUAUAUAUAGUUUACAUGAUUAUAAUAAGAAACGGUUUGAUUUUAUUUUUAAAAAUUAUGAAUUUUUAUAUUACAAAGAUAUAAAAGACAACAUGAAUAAAAAAGAGAUUAAUAUUUUAGAUAUAGGAUGUGGUGGAGGUAUUUUAUGUGAAUAUAUAGAAAAAAAUAUUUUUUAUUUUUUAUUAAAAAAUGUUCAUAAUAUUGAUUUAAUAAAGGAUAUAAAAAUAAAUAUUGAUGGUAUUGAUAUAUCAGAAAAAUUAAUAAAUGUAGCUAAAAAAAGACAACAAAUAAAUAGAAAUACAUAUAAACAAUUACAUAUCAAUCUUAAUUAUAUUAAUUGUGAUUUAAGUGAAUAUGUUAAUAUUCAUAAUAAUAAUAAAUUUAAAAAAAUAUAUGAUAUAAUUAUAUCUUCUGAGGUUAUUGAGCAUGUCCCAAAUAACAAAAAAAAUAUAUUUGUAAGUUAUAUCAAUCAAUUAUGCACAAAAAAUACACUAGUUGUUUUUACAACAAUAAAUAAAAAUUUCCUUGCUUAUUUAUAUACAAUAAUGUUGGCUGAAAAUAUAUUCCGCAUGAUGAAGAAGGGGACACAUGACUACGACAAAUAUAUUGAUAAUGAAGAGCUUGAUAAACUCUGCAAGGAAAAUAAUUUAUAUAAUAUAAAAACGGAACAUGUAAUAUACCUUCCUUUUUUUAGAAAUUAUUUCCAGACAUAUAAAUUAAAUCUUUUAUAUCUUUCAUCUUUUGUUUAUUCUGAAAAUAAUCUCUAA